UUGUCCAGCAAGAAGCCAUUGGGUAUAUAAACGCACCGGACCCCGACAUUGUUAUAGUUACUUGUGUUACAAUCGCAAGAAACACAUCUCCUCAGCUCAACAUGAAGUGUCUGCUGUUUUUCGCCCUCGUUGUCCUGGCAGUCGCCUCAGCCCAGGUCCUGGUCUCUCCUGGCCUGUACGGUGUACUUCCAGGUGCCAUCCCUGCAGUUCUCCCAGCGGUCCCAGGCGCCCCAUCUAUUGCAGCCCAGCCAGGAUAUGUGGCUGCCACCCGAGGCUCUCUCCAUGUUGUGCCUGGAAACAUACCAGUUGCCAGCCACCACCUUAACCUGGCACCAGCUGCAUGAACAUUUUAAAUGUUAAUGUAAAAUCUAUUUCUUUAUACAGCACAGACAUGUUGCUUUCUGGACCUUAUGUACAAAAUGGCUUAGAAGAAAUAAACUAAAUCCUUCAUUAUAA